UAGAAAUUGUGGUUCAAACCUAGAAACUUUCGGCCUGACCACCGAAGACUUUCCUAAUCGGAUGCAUUUGGAUCGAUGGACAUCAGCUUGUUUGGUUGGUUAUCACAUGGUAUGUGUUGUACCUAUAUGUUGUCCUUCAUAAAUGUAUGUGGACGACAUUCUCCUCACCUGCAUUGUUGACCAGAAUGUCCAGUCUCUUCUCUCUCUGCAGAAAACUCUUGCAGAACUCUCUCACUGAGCGUAGGUUGGCCAAAUCGAGCUCCAUGUGGGAGACAUUCAGACUGUGGCUCUUGAACUUGAUCUCUCUCACCGCUUUUUCAGACUUGUCUGUAUCUCGACAUGCAAUGAUAACACGGGCGCCUCGCAUUGCCAAGGCGAUCGCUGUUUCUUUGCCUAUGCCAGAACUUCCACCUUAAAAGAAGACAGGUGGGCAUUAAGUGGCAUGCAUUUAAACAGUAUUGAGGCAUGGAACAUUUGAGGUGACAGCUAAUGAAUUACGAUACCAAUGAUAAGAGUGCUAUAAACUGUUAAGAACAUGUUCUCUGUUAAUAGCUGUUAAUAAACCGUUUAUGUUGUGAACAUUACCUGUGAUGAUGACGGUUUUUCCAUCAAGUCUCUUCAGGUCCGUGCAGUAUCUUCUCUUUUUUAACCAUUUUAGAAUAAAAAAUGAAACCAAGGAGGUGAUAAUCGUGUAAAGAAGAUACAUCCUCCUGCCUGUGGGGUUAGCUGCACUAUCAGAAGCGCUUCAACCUGGAGAUGUGGGACAGUGAGAGAGCUAUCCUGGUGGCUCGUCCUUUACAAUUGAUCUCGACGAUAAUGUCUGUUUCAGAGCACUUUCUCUCGGUGCAGCGAAUAUCAAAUCAAGUGCGUUUAUAUAUCUAGCAUAACACAGACUGUAGAAGGAGACCGUUAUUAUGCUUGGCUUAAAAGAGAUGACAGCUGAAAUUGACAUUGCCUUCUUCCUCAUCUCCUUCUUCUUCUGCUUCUGCUUCUUCUUCUUCGCGUUGUUGUGGCUACAUGUUGUUAGGCCGACAUCGCCCUCUGCUGGUAAAUAGGCUGCAAAACUCGUUCCCUUCUCAACUCAUUCAUAUUUUAAAAAAGAACAAUAAUUAAAACUUGACAUACCACCUUAUUAUCUAAGCCUCUGUUCAAUUAAGGAAAACGUUGAUUAACGUAACUUUUUAAAACAUGGGAUUUGUAUUUUCCCUUCUAGUAUAUUCAAAUUAUUAGCUAUCAAAAUAAAUCUAUAAACUGUUAGGGCUCCCACAAUUUUAAAACCCCAUAUUAUACAUUUAUACAUUUAAGGCAUCAAAAGGUUUAGCUCCUCAAUGUGAUUGCUCAUGUUCAUUUUGUAAUGGUGGGGUUGGUUUUACCGAUGAUAUCUUUGUCAGCAAACUGCAAACCACAAUUUCAUCUUAAAUCAUUCUCUUUUUAGUUGUAUUCAAUGUUAUUUAACUAGCAGGUUAAUCUACAUCAAUGGGUAACCUCAUCUCACUGAUAUUAAAAAAACUAUUUUGAAAGACUCACCUGUACUUACAAAGAAGGACAGCAUGAAAAGAACCCACAUGCAAAUAAAUGCUGUUGCAAGAAAGACACUAAAUCAAUAUUUCAAGAUAACUUCUACUUGUAUAGCUGGCCAGACAGUUUACAAUAUGAAUCAAACUCAACAGAGUCCUCCUGCCCCCAGUUUCUGCGUUCCCUUGACUGGGGUUUCGCUGAAUAGUAUGUAUUUCUAAGUCAAUGUUGACCUUUCAUCAUAGGCCUGUGUAUAAACUGCUGUUAAUAUGUAACGUUGAAUAGAUUCCCUCUCAUAAAUUAGAAAAUUGUUUUUUAGCAGACAAGUAGCCUUAAAUCAUUUUGCUGACAAGCAUGUCAGCAAAGUAGCUGUGAAGUUGCUCUAAAAAAUAAAAAAUACCAAGGAGACCUCGACAUGAUGGGGAUGAUGAUGACAUUCAAGUCUAAAGAAACUUUCCUUCUCUUUGGGUUAUUUCUUACUUGCGUAUCCAAUGCCGUUGGCCAGACAUGCAGGAGCAAGUGUGGGCUCACUUGGGAGGAAUGCUCUUGCAGCACAACAUGCGUGUCGUUGCAGAACUGCUGUGCAGACUACGACCAAUUCUGUCUGCAGCUGUUUCCAUAUUCGGCCUCCAUGUUGGGUGGAAGUAUUUUCACAUUAUCCAAUAUCACCUUCCCACCCAAUGAGCGCAUCCUCUGCAGGUAUGAGGGUGGGAUUGUCAUCGAGGGGUUUGUUAAUGCAGAGGGACAUGCCCAUUGUAUCACACCUUUGCUGUUUGAGACGGGCUGGGUGCCGUUUGACGUAUCAACCGAUGGAGUCAAUUUUGACCGAUCCGGCGAGUAUCUUUCGGUCAACCCUGGCCUACUGGAUCCAGCUCUUACGGCCAUUCUGGCAAACGUCACACGGUGGCAGUAUUACGGCACGCCAAACACAGUACUCGGAGAACUGCAGAUGACAUGGAACAGCUCGCUGAUCAUCUCAGCAGAGAGGGUCAACAUUGAGCUAUGGGGUUACAGGGAGGUGAACAGCACACCUGGGACAGGAAGGGGGAACACAAACCCCUUAAAGGCUGAAUGGACUUACCUCUACUCACUUGGCAAGAACCUGUCCAACUCCGGGGUCUUCAGCUUCCUCCCCAAGCCCACGCAGAAGCCGCUCUCCGACUGGGAGCUGGGCAGUAUUCACGUACGGUCGGCCUCCCACACGGAUGGAGCAAGGAACGUACAGGGGCUGUGGAGUGAGGAGCACACUAUGGCCUGGCAUCUGGAACAGGCCUUCAGAGAUGACUCCGCUGGCUGGGCCCUAGCCAAGUGUUUGCAGUGGGACACCUAUGAGAACAGCCUGCCCAACUUCCUGGAAGAGCUCAAGGACUGUCCCUGUACUCUGGCUCAGGCCCGUGCGGACACGGGGAGGUUUGAAGCCGAUUAUAGUUGUGACAUGGAUAAGGGCAGUGUGUGCAUCUAUCAUCCUGGAGGCUUUCACUGUGUGAGAUCCAUUCAAGCCAGUCCCACAUAUGGAUCAGGGCAGCAGUGUUGCUACGACAAGACAGGGGCCCAGAUCCUGAGCGGGGACUCGACUAGCGGCAGCAGCCCAGAUCGAGUGCACGAAAUGGGCUCCCUUCCCUACAGAGUUGCUACACGUGUCCCCGGGUUCUCUCACUGGCUCGCAGAUGUUCAAAGCAAUUUCUACUGUUGUCUCUGGUCUGAUCACUGUGACGUAUACUUUGCGCGCCGGUCCUCCAUGGACUGCCGGAGAUAUGAACCACCGAGAUCAGGUGUGGUUAUUGGGGACGGCAAUUUUGUGACAUUUGACAACCUGGAGUACACCUUUAACGGGAGGGGAGAGUAUGACCUGGUGACCUCCCCAGACAAAGAGCUCAGUGUUCAGGUCAGAACAGAGCAGGUGAAACUCAAGAGCGGGGCCUUGAGGGAGGCCACGCGGCUCAGCGCUGUGGCCAUGAGAGAGGGCUCCUCAGACGUGGUAGAGGUGCGUCUAGCCGGGGGCCAGAUGGGCAGCUUGCAGGUGCUACGGAACCAGAGGGCCCUGCCAUUCACCGAGCAGAGCAGGAUGGACCUUACCGGGGUGUUCGUGUCCUCGCCCUGUCCGGAGAACGUGACAGUGAUGUUCGCCUCGGGAGUGGGGCUGGAGGUUCGUGCCUACCAGGGUUUGAUGACUGUGACGGUGUUACUACCCACCGCUUACACCAACCACACCCAUGGACUGCUGGGCCAGAUGAACUCUGACCUCUCAGAUGACCUGCAAACCCGUCUGGGGCAGGUUCUCCCCUCAGCCAAUGCUACACCUGAGGGCAUCUUUAGCUUUGGAGCUAGCUGGGACAUUUUAAACGAGACCUCCCUUUUCACGUAUGACUCAAAGUAUCUGCUGGACACUCACACCCGCACGCCAGACAGCGGUUCCGGCCUCACCCCAGCCCUCUGUGUUCCUGAGGGUGCGGGCGGGCCCCUGGCGGAAGACACGCUCAGGGUCCUCCAGAUCCACCAGGCCCUCCAACAAACUCUGCAGCCAGUGGUGGCUUGUGGGUGGCUGCCAUCACCGAGGAACGGCACCAAGCAUGGGAAACUCUACAUCCAGGGGGGAAACCUGAGUUUCUCCUGUGACGAUGGCUACACGUUGACGGGUUCCCCCCAGCGCUCCUGCCUCCCCGACGGCUCCUGGUCCGGAGAGCAGGCCUAUUGCACGUGAAGUCGGCCUUCUGAUUCCUGAGAUCCUUUGAGUGAGGACGCAGGUGAAGCUGUGAUUCAUAGGCGGACCCUUUUCUGUUAUGUCCAUGCUGCAUAGCAUUGUGUCCAUUUAAUAUUAAAGGACUCCUGACUUGAAACCAACACGCAUUUGGCUUUUACCUGUUUUUAGUGUCGCUGUUUAGAUCCGAUAGGGUACACAUGGGUCCUGUUUUGUGAAUGAUUAGACAUUCACUUGGUUACUUCUUUAAUCCUGUAAAUUGAUGAAAUGUGUUUUAUUCAUAACUUCAAAUACAUGCCCUAACAAAAGUUUGGUUUGCAUUGAAAAGUUAAAUAGUAUCCUCUAUAUUGAGCACUGGAUAAUUAAUAAAUGUAUCC